AUGCUGUCGGUCACUACCCGCCUAUCCUCAACCAUCAGGAGUCGUCUAGUUUCUACGGGCGCAAUCACAAGGCGAGGCCAGGCUACCCUCGCAACUGAGCAGCCUCAAGCUACGGCGAAAAAUACAGCCCCGGGAUGGAUUAAGAACCAGCCCUUUGAGCAUGUUCCAUGGAAGAAGCCCAACGGGACGAAAGGAACUAUUCGUUUCCUCGGCGCAACCAAGGAUGGCAAGCCUGCCUUUCUCAACUUCAAAAAGGGCGAAGAACAUCAGACCAAUUUCGGACCCAGUCUCGAAAAGGUGGUUGACAUCACAGAUUUGCGCUACUUUGAGCCACGGACUACUCUUGGUGUGGAAGGCGUCGAAUGGGUUCACGCCCCGACGACACUGUCUGAAGACAAACUCCUCGCCCCAGAUAAGAACGACGUCGAGGCCUUUGUUCGGGGGCCUUACUUUGAUGAGUGUGCCCAGCUGGUAAAGGAGACGGCCGGAGCAGCCAAGGCAGUCGCGUACAACUUCCGCCAUCGCCGAAUCGAACUGACCACCAACCUCCAUGACCCAUACAACUUCUCGAGCAAGCCCCUUCCCAACUUCCACAUGGACAACGACGCGGAAACCGCCAAGGUGAACCUGCGCCGUGUUCUGGGCGAGCAAGAGGCCGCCCGCUGGCUCGGCAAGCGCUGGGGAAUCGUCAAUGUGUGGCGGCCUGUUGGCGACGUCGUGAGGCAGUGGCCGCUUGCGCUCGUCGACUCGCGGACCGUAGUAUAUGGCCGUGACACGGAACCCAUCUACACACUGAACAACUACAAGACGCACUUUACUGCUCUUCGGCCGCAAUCCCAUUUCAGCUUCUACUACGUGAGUAACUUGGCUCCGGAUGAAGCACUUCUCUUUGUGGACUUUGAUUCUGCGCAUGAGGGCAAGGACACUGUCGUGGGAAUGGCGCACGGUGCUUUUCAAGACCAUAAUGCCCCUGAGAAGAUUCCCAGGCGCCGGUCCAUCGAGGUGCGGUGCUUGGUGUUGUAUGACAAUUAG